GGGGAGGGACAAGGCAGGCUGCUGUGUCCAUCUGCUGACUCCUGGGCGCUGAUCUUGCAGGCCUGCCAGGUGCUGCUCGGGAUUGUGUGCGGGGCCAUUGGCGUGAUGCUCUGCUUCGCACCGGACACGCAGGAGUUCUGGUCGGGAUCCCCGUUCUGGACAGGCGCUCUGCUCAUCAUCUCGGGAGUCUCUUGCAUUGUGAGCGAGAAGCGUGGCACCGGCUGCUGGGUCUGGCUAGCUGCGUUGCUCACCCUGGCCAGCGCACGGAGCCCUCGGAGCUGCCUGGCUCCUGGCCGGGUGGGACCCCGUGACUGUGGUGCUGCCUGUCCCCUCUCCUGUUCCCAGAGCCUGUUCCUGGGCGUGCGGCUGCUGCUGCUGCUCACCAUGGCCACCGGCCUCUGCAUCGCCUUCUACUCCUUCCUCUACGGCUGCUGGGCCCUGUGCUGCAGGAAGUUGGCCGGGGCCGAGGCGGUGGAGAGCAAGGAGCCGCUACUGGCCUCUGACUCCAUCCUCCCGCCGGAUGAGGAGAAAGCCCAGGAGGGCCGGAAUAUCUGAGCUCCCGGCCAGGCUCCAGCUUCGCUCUGCCGGGUAACCGCUCUGCACAGCCCGCAUCCCUCCCGCCUCCCUGUCCUGGCUCUCGAGCUGAGGCUUCCCGCUGUUCCCCCUCCUGUACUAGCUGUGUACUACUACACUAACUGUAGCCAUGUACUAGGGCGAGGGCCUUCCCAGGCCCUGCUCCGAACAGGGCAGCAGCUGCUUGGCAAUAAACCGUCUCCUGUGAGUGUCUGUC